GAUUCUGAAUUUUCCCAGGAAUCUGAGCGGCCGCAAGGCGUCACGCGAAACCCGUCCAACCCAACUCCACUCCAUCCUCUGCAGCCGCAGUUGUGACGGAGACUCCAAGGCCAUCACCAUCCACCCGCUCUCCUCCUCCUCCUCCUCCGCUUGAUCCCUCCAUCUCCUCGAUCGAUCUCCACACUCCACUGCGCACUGCACCAGCAACGCCCCCCCCUGAUCCCUCUCCACGGCUGCACCGGAGAUGGCUUCCGCCCCCUUCGCCGUCUCCUCCUCACCGGCGGCUUCCGCCGUGGCCGCGCGCUCCAAGGUGUUGCGAGGAGGGAGGAGCGAGGCGAGGACUGGAUGCCGCCUGGGGAUCACGAGGAAGAAUUUUGGACGUGUCAUGAUGGCCCUUGCAGUAGAUGUCUCUCGUUUUGAAGGAGUGCCGAUGGCCCCUCCAGACCCAAUUCUCGGGGUUUCAGAAGCAUUUAAGGCAGAUCAAAAUGAUCUGAAGCUCAACCUUGGUGUUGGUGCCUAUAGAACAGAAGAGUUACAGCCUUAUGUCCUCAAUGUGGUCAAGAAGGCUGAAACUCUUAUGUUGGAGAAAGGAGAAAACAAGGAGUAUCUGCCAAUUGAAGGCUUAGCUGCAUUUAACAAAGCAACUGCAGAACUAUUGUUUGGAGCUGAUAAUCCAGUACUCAAGCAAGGACGUGUUGCUACUCUUCAGUCUCUCUCAGGAACCGGGUCGCUGCGCCUUGCUGCAGCAUUUAUACAAAGAUAUUUCCCUGAAGCAAAAGUACUGAUAUCAUCUCCCACUUGGGGCAAUCACAAGAACAUUUUCAAUGAUGCAAAGGUACCUUGGUCAGAGUACCGUUAUUACGACCCCAAGACUGUUGGCUUGGAUUUUGAGGGAAUGAUAGCUGACAUACAGGCUGCCCCAGAUGGAUCUUUUGUUCUGCUGCAUGGUUGCGCUCACAACCCAACUGGAAUAGACCCAACUCCGGAACAAUGGGAGAAAAUUGCAGAUGUCAUUCAAGAGAAGAAACACAUGCCUUUCUUUGAUGUUGCAUAUCAGGGUUUUGCCAGUGGAAGCCUUGAUGAAGAUGCAUCUUCUGUCAGGCUUUUUGUUCAACGGGGACUGGAAGUGUUUGUUGCGCAGUCUUAUAGCAAAAACCUUGGUUUAUAUGCAGAAAGAAUUGGAGCAAUAAAUGUUGUCUGCUCAACACCUGAAGUCGCAAACAGGGUGAAGAGCCAGCUGAAACGAUUGGCACGGCCCAUGUAUUCGAAUCCCCCUAUUCAUGGUGCUAGGAUAGUUGCCAACGUUGUUGGGGAUCCAACCAUGUUUGGUGAAUGGAAACAGGAGAUGGAAGAAAUGGCAGGGCGUAUCAAGAAUGUAAGACAGAAGCUUUAUGAUAGUUUGUCUGCAAAGGACGACAGUGGCAAGGACUGGUCUUUCAUUCUGAGGCAGAUAGGCAUGUUCUCCUACACGGGCUUGAACAAAACUCAGAGUGAUAAUAUGACCGACAAAUGGCACAUAUACAUGACAAAGGAUGGGAGAAUUUCGUUGGCUGGAUUGUCCCUGGCUAAAUGCGAGUACCUAGCUGACGCCAUCAUCGACUCCUUCCAUAACGUUAGCUAGACGAGGAUUCAGGUCACUGCUAUUGUGGUUAAUCCUUCAAUAUGCUGGGAUUUUUGGUUCCUUCCAGCUUGAGUUCUUAGCCAGGAUUGUAUAUCCGGCGCUACGUAAUUUGGAGAUAAUAAUGAAUUUUGUCUGUGCAACAAACUUUGCAUAUGCUUUGUCGAAUGUACACUGGCACUAUGUUAGAAGCUUGAAAUAUCGAAUUGAAUAAUAAUGAGACUAGCAAUAAGCCAAACUAAUUCCAAUUUUA